CCUGCCCCAAGGCGGGGCCUUUGUUUACGUUGUCCUCGAUGCGGGUCGUAACUCCGCGGCGGCCGUUGCGAUUUAACGAUUACGAAAAUUGCUUUUAUUCACGAGAUGCGAGCGCGCGGCCGCCAUGAUUGGCCGUAAACCUGCGAGCCAAGCCGCACUGGUUUAAGGUUAUGAGGCGCGGCGCGCCGCGGGACCCUUCUACAGUUCACAGUGGACCGCUCGCCGCGACGCGAAAGCGAAACCCAGGAAAUGGUGCGCGGCCGAUUGGGACUCGGCAGUGGCGAUGGCGCGAGGGUUCGUCCGGCCGGGGCUUUUGGUUUUGCUUGCCCCAGGACCGCUGACGCGGGAAGGUCGCCCUUGCGUUCCCGCCUUCAGCGUCGUCUGCUACUGCAGCGCGCGCUGCACCAUAUCGAUUGUUAGGAUGCACCGUAGUAUUUGUAGGGAUUAGUUUGUUUGGAUGCGGCGGCGGUAGUUUGAGGAGACCGCCGAGGGGCGAUGAACAUCGACAAUGCGGCACAAGAAGAAUGUUUGUGUGACGGCCGUGGCCAAGGAGGGCUUCCUGAUGAAGCAGACGUCCUCCUUCAGCCGCUGGCGGCGGCGGUACUUCAAGCUCCAGGGGACCAAACUGUACUACGCCAAAAAUAAUAAGGCUGUGAUAUUCGACGAGAUCGACCUGUCAGACUCGACCGUCACCAACCUCGUCGUGAGGAACGUCGCUCACACCUUUCAAGUGAUCAGCCCCUGCCGGCGCCUGGCGUUGGCCGCCGAGUCGCGCUGUUUGAUGGAGGAGUGGGUGUCGUCGCUCAAGGCGGCUUCGAACCGGACCGGCGGCGCCCGCCUCGGCAACGACUUCGAGAGCGGCGACCAGCAUGACUUCCUGUCCGGCCAGCACCACUGGUACGCCACCUCACACGCGCGGCCCACCUACUGCAACCUGUGCCGGGACGCGCUCUCUGGUGUCACCUCUCACGGACUGAGCUGCGGCAUCUGCAAAUGCAAGGCGCACAAACGGUGUGCCGCCAAGGCGGUCAGCAACUGCAAAUGGACGACGCUGGCCUCCGUCGGCAAGGACAUCAUCGAGGACGAGGAUGGGAAUAUCGUGAUGCCACACCAGUGGGUGGAGGGCAACCUGCCCGUGUCCAGCAAGUGCACCGUCUGCGACAAGACCUGCGGCUCCGUGCUCAGGCUGCAGGACUGGCGCUGUCUCUGGUGCCGGGCGUGCGUCCACACGGCGUGCAGGCCCGCCUACCGGGAGCGCUGUCCGCUGGGCCCCGCCAAGAUCAGCACGCUGCCCCCCACCGCCCUGCACAGCGUGGGCACGGACGAGGCGUGGGAGGCGGUGCGUCCGCAGGGCUGCUCGCCCCUCCUGGUGUUCGUCAACUCCAAGUCCGGCGACAACCAGGGCGUGCGUUUCCUGCGCCGCUUCAAGCAGCUGCUCAACCCGGCGCAGGUGUUUGACCUCAUCGGCACCGGACCGGGGCUAGGCUUGCGUCUCUUCCGGCAUUUCGACCCCUUCCGGAUCCUUAUUUGCAGCGGUGAUGGAUCUGUCGGCUGGGUUCUGUCUGAGAUCGAUCGUCUCAACAUGCAUAAACAAUGCCAAGUUGGAGUUCUGCCCUUGGGCACAGGGAAUGACCUAGCCAGGGUUUUGGGUUGGGGUUCCUCCUGUGAUGAUGAGACCCUCCUGACUCAACUGUUAGAGCAGUAUGAAAAGGCCUGUACCAAAAUGCUAGACAGAUGGAGCAUAAUGGCUUUUGAGAGAAAUAUAUCCAUUGGGACAGGCAAUUUAUCAUUCACCACCCAAGUGUCUCCCCCAAUGUCUACAUCUGCCAUGGCAGCUUAUGACAAUUCUUUUGCAUACCACACAUCAAAAAUUCUCCAGUCAGACGACAUUCCAAUCAUCAUCAAUGCUGCACAGUCUGUUUGUGAAAAGUUAAAAUACUUUGCCUUACAACUACCUGACAGUAGCCCAGGUAAAGAUGACAAAGAUUUUGAACAGCAAUGCAAAGUUGUUCCCGAGAAGCUUGAUUUACUUCUGCAAACUCUUGGACCAGAAGGGCUUCUUCUACUCCGAUCUGAAGAGGAAGAUGAUGGUGUGCACGAUGAGGAAAAGGCUUCUCUAGACAAAUCGGAAAAGGAUUAUGGAAAUCAACAACUGAGGCUGGACUCAAACAAGCGGCAACAGCUGUUGCUGAGGUCCAACAGCCUGAAAAAGGCUGUUCGCAAACUGGUAGAGCUGACUGAGCAGGCUGUAGAUGACCAAAGCAAGCAUACAACUAAACCUCCUAUGGAUACCCUCAAAGUUCAUCACGGGACGGAUUCUGGCUCCAGCUCAGAUGGAAGUCGUUGCCCUUCACCUGCCCUUCUGGGCUCUCGGCUCACGGCCCUGUCCCCUCUGCCAGACCUUCGCAGGGACUCUGGAGGAGAAGAUUUGUUUCCGAUACCUGUGCCCAAAGAAUUUGCUGACAGAAGACGCAGCUCUGCAAUGUCUGUUGAUAGUGUCACUGAUUAUUUGGGACGAUUAAGUCAUCGGAGCUCCUUGCAACCUCCUGAUGGUGAAGAAUCCAGACAGGAUGUUCUCGAUCCAGCUUCAAAAGUUUCUGGAGUCAAUGAGACCCACAUAGGAAGGAGUGAUGCCCAUGGAAAGGUGGAACCAAACAGACUCCCAAUUCUACCAGAAUUGAGCUCUGAGAUGAUUUGCAAUACCACCAGCAAAGUGAGAAGAGCCGGGCUUGAAGGAAGCUUUCUUCAAGUUGCGGAAGAUCCAAAUCGAAGAUUUAGUUUUGGUGGAUUCAGUACUGAUGGCACUUCUACCACAACAGAAACAGACACUGUUAAAUUUGAGAAAUGUAAACGUCCAAAUAGAGGUCGGCACAGUGUGGAUAGUGGUGAGGACCCUGUCUGGAGAUGCUUUGCAUUGGAGGCUAGUGAAAUUGCUGAUAUCAAACACAUAGACUCAUCAGAAACGUCUGAGGAAAGUGCUGAAGGUGCCAUAAGACUGACUAACACUACAGACGUGUCAAAAGAUUCACCAGUUCUAAAACAUGACUCGAUUGAUAGACAUGUAAUUGGGGGUCAGAAUGGGUCUGAACAUGGAGAUGGCACUGACCCGUUAGUGACAUCUGGAGAGGACAAUGAAUCAGAAGAUGAUGUGAAAUUUGCAAUCGGGCUCAGUGGUCAUGCACAAUACACAGAAGGUGAUACAGAUCCUGCUAUCAAAUGUACCUUGGCUCAUUUUGUUGAAGGAAAUGACAUUGCUAGACGCUCCAUUAAAUGCCGUCACAUAGCCACCAGGCGACCAGAGGCCCGCCGCAAGACAAAAGCCCAUAUUUGUGAAGAGAGUCACAAGACAACGUUAGAUGUGCCUCUGCUUCAAGUCGAUGAAAAUUUUGAUGAAGAUGAACUUCUUCCAGCAUCAAGUAUAGGGAAUUUAUCUGAUGAAAUGGACCCCUACCUCAAGGGAUUCAAAGUUUACUCACGGGAUCCAUCUCCUGAGGAGAAAAAAUCUGAGCCAGAAACUGCAGAGGGCAUUCUAACAAAUUUAAGUGUCCCUGAGCCUUGUCGAUCAAACCGCAGCCACAGUUUGGGAGGAGGCCCUACUCCUCCUUCGUCAGCUGCAAGUACAGGCAGCAGCACUGGGUGCCUCUUCCCUGAAAACGACCAAAUCCAGAUUCACAUCCAAGGCUCCAACAACAACCUGACAACAGGUCAUGAUAGUGACACCAGCGCAGGCAGUGGAGGGGGGAGCACUCUACACAUCCCCUCUCCAUAUCACCUCCAGCGUAAAAGUAUUGCUACUUCUUCUGCUAUUUAUCAAGAGAAAGAAAGGAUUCAUCAUAGUCCUUUAAAAAAACCGAAUGCCAGGGGCUUUCCACAUCCAGUAAUCAGCGUUGUGGUAGACCCUCCUUCUCCCACCCAAUCAGAAGAAGACAAGCAUCAUUUACCUGACGACAAUUCAUACCGGAGAUACAGCUGUGACAGUGCUGGCGGCAAAGCCUCACCACAGCAACUCUGGCGCUGCUCGCCCGCCGCGAGUCGCCGCAUUUCCAGCGGCAGCCUCCUGAAGGUCCCUGCGGAAUCUGGAGACCGCUCACUGUCCCAGGACGACUCCACACCGGGCCCACGACAACCAUUCCGUGAUCGCCUCCGCAGUUCGGUGGAAAGAGACCUGCAGGUCAGCAUCGACCUCAUGGCCUCGGUGUCGGCCAAGACCGGGGCCUCGUCCACCAGCAGUGCAGCAGAGUCGGAGGCAGUCCAGAAGGCCAAGAGUCUGCCCAUCAUCAAUCCUCUUGUCCGGCUGCCCAUGUGGCCAAAUGUGAGCAGUGCAGGAAUGAUAAGCAAGGCCCUCCUUGCAAAUGCGGAUGCUCUCUGUGCAGCAGCUUCCCCCUUGAUGGACCCUGACGAAACUUUACUGGAGGGAUUUUUUGAGAGGUGUGUUAUGAAUAAUUACUUUGGCAUUGGAAUUGAUGCAAAAAUUUCCCUGGAUUUCCACCACAAAAGAGAAGAGCACCCAGAAAAAUGCAGAUCAAGAGCAAAGAAUUACAUAUGGUAUGGUGUAUUGGGCAGUAAAGAAUGGUUGCAGAAAACCUACAAAAACUUGGAUCAAAGAGUUCAACUAGAAUGCGAUGGACAGAAAAUUCCGCUUCCAUCACUUCAAGGCAUUGUGAUUCUCAAUAUUCCAAGCUUCAUGGGAGGAACAAACUUUUGGGGUGGAACAAAGGAAGAUGAUGUAUUCCUUGCCCCCAGCUUUGAUGAUAGAGUUCUAGAAGUUGUGGCUGUUUUCGGAUCUAUGCAAAUGGCAGCCUCUCGGCUUAUCAACCUUCAACAUCAUAGAAUUGCUCAAUGCCAAACUGUUCAAAUUAACAUUCUUGGAGAUGAAGGGGUUCCAAUCCAAGUUGAUGGUGAAGCCUGGAUACAGCCUCCUGGUAUGAUAAGAAUUAUUCAUAAAAACAGGAUGCAGAUGUUGUGCCGUAACCGUGCAUUAGAGAAUUCCCUACGAGCCUGGGAGGAAAAACAGCGUUCACACCUGCCUCAUCUAACUGCAGGACUCAUUCCACACGAUCGUUUAGCUCCUUUCAAUGAUGAGGAGUUCUCACUUCUCCUUGGCUUUAUUGAUGCUUCCACAACUCUUGUGAGAUGUGUGAAACUAUUGACAAUACGGCACCCUUCAAUAGAAGCUGAUCUCUAUGAUUUGGCGGCUAAAACUCAUGACAGUUUAGAACAUGUUCAUCCAGGAGGAAAGCUUCUCACAGGAGGUGAUCUACGCCCAGCUGUAACUGGCUUAGUUGCCAGUGCAAGGCAACUGCAUGAAGAGUCCUGUCAACUGCUCAGAGAAAAGGCUCAUAAACUGCGUCUUAGAGAAGAUCUUGAGGGACAGCUGAGUUCAGCUCUAUCUAACAUGGAGGUUGAAUUACGGAAGUGCAACAAUGAGGAUGGGUGUGUUACAUUGCAGCCACUUCCCCCUGGAGAAAAUGAAAGAAAAGGAAAGGCUCGUGGGUUGUUCUGGUUACGUUUCCGCCGAGGAGAACGUGCAUCUCAUCCUGAUCGUAGUCGGCAAACAGCUGCAGAUGUGGCUACUUGGGGUACAGCAGAGGUUGCGUCAUGGCUAGAAUCUAUACAACUUGGUGAGUACAUUGAUUCCUUCACAUGCCAUGACAUUCGAGGGAAAGAACUUCUGACUCUAGCUCGAAGGGAUUUAAAAGAGUUGGGUGUCACUAAAGUUGGCCAUGUGAAGCGUAUUUUACAGGCUGUAAGAGAUCUUAACUCAUGAGACUUGUCAGAAAAGAAAGGAAAUUUUCAUGUUGGCAUUGACUUAAGCUUAUAAGUGUAACAAAACUCCCAGAAUUUAGCAUUCCUUUGCCUGGAAAAAAAAAUUAAAUUAAAAAAAGUGUGUUUUCUGUUUACUUACUUGUUUUUAAAAGAGUGAUAUGCAAUACUGUACCUUCUCUUCAUAGCAUUGAAAAGUGUCUUAAAAAAUAUGUUCACAGAGCUAUGCAAUAUAUUGUGCAAUAUAUUAUCUUGCAAUCAAAGCAAUACCCAAAAUAUGGCACUGCUGCAAAUUUGUUCCAACUAAUAAAUUUUUACAGCAAUCUUAAAAACUUAUUUGAUACAUAGUUUUAAUACUACAUUUUUUACUCUACUGUAUGUUCCAUACACGGUGCUCUUCAGUACUAGUUGAUUGUUAUUCAAAUUUUACAUGUACUAGUUAUUAAAAGAUGUGUGUAGAAUGUAAUUCUUGAAUUAUUUUGAUUCUAUAUAUGUUGCCAACAUGGUUUGUGAAUUUUUACAUGAAGCAAUAUUCUUCUGUAUGGUCGUGCUCUGUUCAGUUCACGUCUUUGUAAAACUUAAAGUUUAAGAUCGUCAAAAACGCAAGCAGAACGAACAAGAGAUCAGUCAUCAGGGCUGCAAAUUAAGAGGAACAUUAUUUUUCUUCCUUUCUUAGUACUUAAACCUUAAUUCGAACUGAAGCAAUGUAGACCAAUUACAAUUGAGUUAGAUUGUACAUUAACUUAUUUGCUGCGGCUGACCCUCAGAGGCCACUACACCACAUGCAUCAUUCCACGGCAUACUUAUUCUGGUCCAAUAGUUUGUUCAUUAUAUUUUUUCUCUUAAAAAAUUAAGACUUGAGUCAUCUAUGAACAUCAAGGAUGGAUGCACUUGAAAACAAAUCUGUGCAUCUAGUUAUACCAAAAAAAAAGACUUUUCUAAAUAUUUUAAAUUUGUCAUUCUGUCUUUGAUCUUUAAAUUUGUGCAACCUGGACCAGAUGCACAAAUGAGCAGCUACUUUUUGCUGUUAUCUCUCUGCUCUUUGUUCUUAUAUGUACAGUUUUUCUAGCAUAAUGUUAUCAGUAUUUUUGUUUUGUAAUCCUUAAACGUAACCUUCUUAAACAUGUGAUUCAAAUUACUGUAAUUUAAUCUUCCCGAGUCUAGUUAUCCUUCAUGUAGUUACACCUUAAUGUUGUGUAUUGUGUCUGUGAAUGUUUGGAUGAUGUGAGUUCACACAAGACAUCUCCCAUCUACUUGUACUUAUGUUAACUCUUCCUUCAUUUUAUUUUGAUAUAAAUCUUUAAUGCACAGUACAAAGUAGUAAAAUGAAAAAUCAACAUCUUUUGCAAAUUUUAAUGUGACUUAGAAUGGAAGAGACAAAUAGGUAGAUUCUGAUUUCUUGAAUCUUUAUCCCUCAAAAUGCUUAUCUUUGUUGAUGCAUUGUUGUAUUUUGCAUAGAAGUGUUUGCAUAAUAAUAUUAUAUUUCUUGUCAUAGCAAUAUCUUAUGAAUCCCUUGUAGAAGUACUUUAUGCUGACUGUUAUGUGGUAAUUAUCUUCUUAUGUUUAAGAGACAUACAUUCUUAGCUAUUUCUUAUGGCAAAAGAUCAUUACUUCUUGUAACUAUGGUCAGGAAUUUUCCUGUCUUUUUAUUUGUUGCAAAGACUGUUCUUUCAUCUGUGAUAAUCUUACUCUUGUCCCUCUAACAUUUAUGUUUUAUACUUUGAGGUGUACCCUUGUCUUUUGUGUACUCUUCUUGUGUUAUUAAUUGCUCUAUGCAAUCGUAACUGGCAAUUUAAAAGCAAGUUUUCUUAACAAGCCAUAUGUUUCCUCUAUCUUAAAUGGAGAAUCUUCUUUUAAAAUGGCUGUUCCCAAAGAAUAGCAUAUUUCUAUUAUACUUUUGUUACCUCCUUUCCAUUUUGCUGUAUUUUUUAGCUUCUCUUUUUUACACUUUCGAUUCUUUUAAAAUUGGUAAGAGGAUGUAUAUAUAUUACAUACCCUAUUUCAGGCAUAUUUUCAACACACACCCUCCUCAGCGUACCCUGGAUAUCCUAGGUACCCAAAUAUUUGAUGGGCCGGGUCAAAAUAGGGUACAUAGUAUAUGGAUGUCCUCUAAAACCUCUAGAAGUUCCAAAAAUAUUUUUGCAUAGGAUUUCAUUUUGAAGUUUUCGCAAUUUAAACAGAUUGGUGACUGCGUCGAGUUCUCAUUCUGCCUGGAUUCUCAGUAAAAUUAAUUAUUUUUCUCUUGUGUCAUCAUUUUAUUCAAAAUCUUUACAUCACAUGAUGAGUAGCAGCCGAAGAUUGAUUUCUCUUUACCCGCUGUGAUACCUAGGAUCAAACAGUUAUUCCUAAUCUCUUUUGUUUUUCUUUCAAAUCAGUAUUACAAGCAAAGGGCAGAACAUUUAGUCCUUUUUGUGCACCCUAAUAUAUAUUGAUGAUGUACAUCACAUGUUCCUCUCUAGUUGUCUUUUCAAGGCAUAUUAAAACUUAUAACCAAGUGGUCUGAAUAAACCUGCUUCAUGCAUGGUUAAUUUGGAUGCAACCCAAAACUAUACUUGUAUCAAAAUUUAGAGUAGGUCAUAGACCUCUAUUAUUUUGCAGUUCAAUGUGUGUUAGUCUUUGUUGACGUUGAUCAUGAGGCUAUACAUCAUUUUCACACUGUUUUUGAAAUUAUUUACCAUUGCACUUUGACAGAUUUGCAUGAAGGCACAAAAUGCAUUUAUGAAUCUUACUCACAUCAGUACUGUACUCGUUAUAUGAUCUCAAGCCUGACUCGUGUGUGAAAAUAUAGAGAUACAAUAAACCAUCAA